AUGUUUGAAAUAUAUCAAGGGAACACGACUUCAAAGAUGAACCACAGUGAUAAUUCGUGCGGACCAAUCGACGUCCGCCGAAACAUGGUUGCCGAGUUCAUCCUGAGUCAGCAGCAGCUGCUGAGCGGAGCGGGUGGUGGAGCCCUGGGCCCCGUGCCACCCCCUUCCCGCGCACCACCACCUCCGAGAGGUCGCCACUCCGUCUCCCCACACUUCCCAAUGGACCAGAGCCAAGGCCCCGUGGGCAGCCCCGGCGACCCAAAUGACUACUCUCCGUUCGAAUUCAAACGCAAGGAGUUUUUCGGUCAGCGUAAACAGAGGGAGUUCAUCCCCGACAGCAAGAAAGAUGAUGGUUACUGGGACCGUCGCAGGAGAAACAACGAAGCUGCCAAGCGUUCCCGAGAAAAGAGGCGCUUUAAUGACAUGGUUUUGGAACAGCGCGUCGUUGAACUGUCAAAGGAGAACCACGUACUCAAAGCACAGCUUGAUGCUAUAAAGGAGAAAUAUGGAAUAUGUGGAGAAACCCUCAUAAGCAUAGACCAGGUGUUGGCCACUCUACCUACAUGUGACCAGGUUCUCUGUGUCACGAAGAGGAGUAAGCUGACGCCGAACGCACUGUUCCCCGCGCCGCCACCACCACCACCAGCAGCACCUGCAUCGCCUCCCUCACCGCCACCUCAGCGCCAGCCGGAGCCCUACCAAGAGAGGCUACCGGCCCCCGAAGCGUACUACCCACACCCUGCACACUACGAGCCCCCCGGCUCAGUUCUCAACCUGUCCAGAUCUCGCCGCGUGCCCUCUCCCUAUGAGCUGUCCUCUCUCUCAGGCUCAGGGGACGAGACCGCUGAACAGUAUGCCCCUGAAAACAACGGGCUGCCGCUCAAACUUCGCCAUAAAUCCCAUCUCGGUGACAAGGAUGUCGCCAGCGCCCUGCUCUCCCUUCAGCACAUAAAGCAGGAGCCAGGUCCCCGGUCCUCACCCUCAUGGGACGGGGAAGGCUCUAGUGACGAAAGAGACUCUGGGAUCUCCAUAGGCGCAGAGUUCAGGCCGCAGCGACCUGACGACAGGCUAGUGACUGAGGAGGACGACACGCAUCUGAAGGCGGAGCUGGAGCGGCUGGCGACGGAGGUGGCCACGCUGAAGAACAUGAUGCACCAGAACAAGGCGCGCGCGCACGAGCACUGA